UUGUGAUCUGUCGUGCUAGUGACACAAAACACAAUGUAUUUUGUGUGUGUUAGUAAAAAAGCACGUUCCUAAUAGUGCCAAACCUGGCUGGGACCAAAACUAAGAAGAAGGAGAACUAGUGUAGUGUAUUUGUAUUUGUUUUUAGUUUUUAUUUGCGGUUUUUCAUAAUAGUUUACAGAAAUGUGUCACAUUCUCAAUGCUUGAGAGAACAUAUUAUUGAAGUUGAUUUUUGAAGUUUAUAACAUUAGUAGAAAUGCCUCUCACAUUCAUCGCUUACUAAAGUUAUACAUUAUACUGAAAAAAAAGCAGUAAUAAAGCCUUUCAUGUUUUGGGUGUGAAUCCCAGGACUCAAGAUGUCAUCUUAUUUACGAGGCUCUACCAACUUUGUUUGGUCCACUACUAGUAUUCUGGGAAAAGGGGCUACUGCAACGGUGCACCAAGGAGUUAAUAAAGUGAAUGGAGAACCUGUUGCUGUAAAAACAUUUAACCAUAUAAGUACACUUAGACCUCAAGAAAUUCAACUUCGAGAGUUUGAGGUUUUGCAGAAGGUCAAACAUGAAAAUAUUGUUAAACUUCUUGCUAUCGAGGAAGAACAAGAGAAUAGAGGAAAAGUUAUUGUUAUGGAGCUGUGCACAGGUGGAAGUUUGUUCAACAUACUGGAUGAUCCCGAAAAUACCUAUGGGUUAGAUGAAUCAGAAUUCCUUCUGGUUUUGGAACAUCUGUAUGCUGGAAUGAAGCACCUUAGGGAUAACAAUUUGAUUCACAGAGACCUUAAACCAGGAAAUAUCAUGAAAUUCAUUCGAGAAGAUCGCACAACAGUCUACAAACUUACCGAUUUUGGGGCUGCUAGAGAACUUCAAGAAGGUCAGUAUUUUCAAUCUCUGUAUGGUACAGAAGAAUAUCUCCACCCUGAUAUGUACGAGAGAGCUGUUUUAAGGAAAAACGCAAAUAAAACAUUUGGAGCAACAAUUGAUCUAUGGUCUAUUGGUGUAACUUUGUAUCAUGUUGCAACAGGAAACUUACCAUUUCGUCCGUAUGGUGGACGCAGGAAUAAGGAAACCAUGCAUCACAUCACAACUAAAAAGGAAAGUGGUGUGAUAUCUGGUAUUCAGACCAAAGAAAAUGGCCCAAUUGAAUGGAAGCGAGAGCUUCCAAUGAAUUGUCAACUAAGUUUUGGUUUGAAAAAAAUUAUCACUCCUUUAUUGGCUGGUCUGUUAGAAGCGGAUCACAGAAAGAUUUGGAGUUUUGAGAGAUUUUUCAAAGAAGUAGAAGUUGUUUUGUCUCGGAAAGUGGUCAAUAUUUUUCAUGUGACCAAAGCUCAGUUGAUAAAAGUAUACAUUAUGCCUGAUGAAACAUACCAGCAGUUUCAAAAUUAUAUAGCAGAACAAACAGAAAUUCAAGACUCUAGCCAAAUUUUGAUAUAUCAGAACAGUCUCUUUAGGAGUCUUAUAGACGAGUAUACCCUAGCAACUGGUUAUCCUACCACUACUAAAGAGGACCCCCUUUUUUUAUUUGACAGAGAAAAUAAUAACAUAACCAUCAUUCCAGAUCAGGAGUUGCCAAAGUUCAAUGAUUUUUCAAGUGUAGUUUCUGUGGAAAAUGAUGCAGUCCAAGCAAAGUUUGCUUGUAGUAUAGGACAUCAGUGCAAAAGACAAAUUGAGAAGUAUUCCUUGUUCAGCAAACUGAUACGUGAUACAGUAGAAAAUUUCAGUAAAUAUAUAAAUGCAGAACUGAAACAAUUGCACCAAAAUACACAACACCUUCUCGACAAAACAAUGAUAUUCAAUAGUACUGCCCAAAUGUUGGAACUGUCCCAGCAACUAACUAAUUAUGACCUAAAAAACAAUUAUGUGGAUAAGCUCAACAAGAUUAGCAAAGAAUUUAUGUGUGUAAUAGAAGGUGGAGUAAGUACUUUAUAUAAGGUUCACUGCGUAGAAAAUACAUUAAAAUUACAAUGGGAUAGUAUGAGUAGAGAUCUGAAGUGCCCAUAUAAAACAUUAGCACCUGCUAGAGCAAAAACUCAGGUAGAAAAUUUGAGAGAUUCUUGGCAACACUUAGUUAGAGAUCGAGCAACUCGUACCUUAUCUUAUAAUGAUGAACAAUUUCAUAUAUUAGAACGAAUAAAAAUUACCGAAACUAUUGGUAGGAUUAAAGCUUUAUUUGAAAAAGAAGUGUUUCCCCAGUACGAACAAUUAGCUGAAAAUUUUGGCGAUUGGUACAAAAUGGCACAAAAUGCCCAUUUAAAAACAGAAAUAUAUAUUGGUGACAUUAACAAAUUUGGCAACAACCUGCAGAAAUUUGAAGAAGAACUUAUGAUCGAUAAUGCAGAAUAUACUGAAUAUAUUAAAAAUCAUCAAGUUAAAAAAAAUAUUGUCCCUAGAAAGAGUCGAAAUACACAAGCUCAAAAGUUUAAAAUGUAUUUGAAUGAAUGUCGUAAGGUGAGUGAGGAUCUCCGAGAUAAAAUUAAUGAGAAUACCAGGCUUACUAAUGAAUUGAAUGAGUCCACCAAGAAAUUGGAAAAUCAAUAUAACAAUAAGGAUAAGGAAAUCUUAUUUGGAUGACUUUUUGUUGAUAUGAUUUAUUUAAUAUAUUCCAUGGCAAGUUCAGUUUUACAAAAAAGAAACAAAUUUUUUUGACUGUUUGGAAACUGAUCAAGACUCUUGGUGUCUAUUUCAUUCCAGAACUUGUGAAGGUGGAGACUUAUUUUAUAAAGAAUAUUGAAUAGUUGAUAGUAGUUGUAUAUAUGUAAUUAAUAUAUUCAAAUAAGUGAUUUCUUAUUGAGUAAAAAAAAGUAAUUGAUUCUUGUAUCAAUUAUGGAAACCUCCUCCUGUGAUAUAUUAUUUCAAGUAUAUCAAUUCGAUCAACACUUUCUUAUAAGUAAAUAGUUGAUAUUUAAAAAAAUAUCUAUAACGUAACAUUACAAUUACAGAACUGUAUAGUGCGUUCUAAAUUAUUAUUAUAAGUUAAACAUAAAUUAAAGGGGUAUGUUUUUAGGAGAGAUUAAUUUUUGGGAAAGAGAGGUUUUGGCUUUCUACUGCUUCUUUAUACAAAAAAGUGGUAAUCUCCCAAAGAAAGGAAGAAAGCAAUUAAUUUCAAAAUAAACUCUAUACAAAAAUGAAGAUGGAGAAGUAGGAAGCCAAAACCUUUCUGUCCCAAUAGCUAAACAUAUAUUAGUGAAUAUCUCAUAAUGAAGUGUUUCUUGAAAACAUAUAUUUGAUUUUGUUUUAUUAUUUUUUUUGAGGGCUUCUAACCAUCUACAAAACAAAUACACUGAGAAAUAUACAAUCCCCAUAAGUAUCAUCAAAGGCAAACCGAAAAAUUCACCCCAUUUAUAAAGUUAAUAGAUGAAAUAAUAAAAAAAAAGUCUGGUCGGUAGCUCCCUUAAGUUACAAAUAAAAUUAAUUAAAAAUUAUUUUAUUUAGUUCUAUUAUAUAAAAGAGGGAGAUAAUUGCAAUACCUGACAAAAGAAUAUAUGCAGAUGCUUUGUUUUUUGACGUUUUCCUAUAGUUUUUUGGUGAUGACUUUUGUUUGCUUCUACUCAAUUCUAUGAUAGAUAUCCAUGUUCUUGUUAUGUCUUUUCUUCAAAUAUUCAUGAUGUUGGCUCAGUUAUACAUUUUUAGGGGUCUUGUUAUUUGACCAAUAUAUAUAUUUUGCCAUAUUGAUUUGAAUUCAUUCUUUUAAUGUGCAAGGUUAAGAAACCAAAAAAAAUCAACAUUGACGCCUCUAUAAAACAUGUCAGUCAAAAUAUAUUCACUUAUUUUUGAAUAUGGCUAACAACUAUUUUCUACCGACUGGUGGACAUUGGAACUUUUCAAAUAUGUAAAGAUUCAGUACUUAAAAUAAAAAUAAAGAAUAGUUUAUAAACUAUAGGCUCACAUAAAAAAUGAAAUGUAAGGUAAAUAUAAAAACUGAAAUAGAUGAGAUUGGAUUCUAAUUUUGAUUCCAAAAGUAUAUAAAAAAAGUAUUUGUUUGAUAAUUCUGGAAACAAAAAUUGGAAACAACAUCAUGGGUUAGCACAUUUAAAAUUCAUUUCUACAAUUUUAUUUUUCCAGCUUCAUGGAUGAUUUUCUACUUAUUAAUUGAUUCAUUACUUCUGUAUAUCAAUGUUUUGUGAAGGCAGUGUUAGAAGGCUUACCAUUUAGAUUUUUAUAUGUAAUAUAAUAAAAUGUUUACAUAUGUUGUA